AAUAAUUACGUAAUUUAAAUAAUAAUCAUAGAUUAAAGUAAUAUAUUUAUAUCCAGUAUUUUUGAAAUGUUCUAGUAAACCAGUUAAAACAAAAUAUAUAAUGAGAAUUAUUUGCACAGCUCUACUGUACAAUAUACGGGAUAAAACCAUUUAAAAAUUAUGAUCAUCCGUACAGCGUUAAACUUGGCAACACAUUAAAAAUUAUUGUACCGAGAAGGCAUUGUUUUUCGGAUAAUCUAAAAUAGUGUGAGGGAAUUAAAAAUAUUAACGUUCUCCAACUUUCUUUCUAAUGAUAAUCUAGUGAUAAUCUAGGAUAUAAAUUAAAUAAUAGCUAUGUUUAGACUCUAGCAUUUCCGACUCUCUUCGAUAAAAUGAUAAGAACCACUGUGAUGUACAAAAGUUAUCAAUUUUUAUCAAUCUUGCUUGAUAGAACUGACUUGUGUUUGAGUAGUAGCCUAAGUUCUACAUCACUGUAGAGAUAAACGUUAAAAUUUUCAAUACACAAAAUUUAUUUCGAAUACCAUACGUAAUAUUUUAUUUAUUUUUAUUUUUUUUAAUAUUAGAAUCAUAUUAGAGUACUCUAUUUUGGAGUAUUUAUUCGUAUUAAUUAGAUACAGUACAGCGGUAAACACCGAUCUGUAGUCGUAGUCGUUACUUAAAAGUAAUUGUUUCAUAAUAAUACUUUAUGAAUCAUUUAUUUUGUGUCGCAUAAGCUUACAUUGUUAUAGUUAGACUAUUUGUAAAAACGUGUUGGAUGAAUUUUAAAAAGAAUUAAGUUAUUGCCCUUUUAUAAACUAUAAGCUGAACCAAACAAUAAUUGAAAGAUAAAAAUACAUUUAAUUAUUCAGACUAUCUGGCUUUUCAAGGCCGCGUAAUUUUAGUAAAUCGAUGUCCCAAAAUGAGUUGCCACUUAAAUAAAUGUUCGUGGAAUGAAUGGUUGCAACAAAGCGAAGACAGUAGCGAAGAGGAGGCUGUGGAAGGUGGCAGUAGCUAGAAGGUUAUGGUGGUCAGUUCUGGCACGCGCGGCUCACUGGCGGGUCUGUUGGUGAGGUCGGUGAUCGAGAUGGCAGCGCACACGUGGAGGCGCUGGUCGCUGGUGUCCGCGGUGACGUCAGAACCAGACACCCGCUCCCAGCACCGCGCCUCCACAAGCGAUAGGCGCAUGCGCUCCUUCAGUCCAAUACACUCCAGCCGCGAUCGCGGCUUGCAUUCGUUAUAAAUAAUUUACUAGCUUAUUUCUUUUGGAGUUUUUUACUUUGCAGGACGGAAAGCCUUUGAAUAUCAUUGCCUUUUAAUGGCUAAAGAUGCAUUCUUCCUGAGAUGAAAUGUCAGUCGAUCACAACAAAGCUAAGAAAUAAAUGCCUUCUACAUUGGUAAAUUAGUUACUAUAUUUUGAACUGUGGCUCCGACGAUUUAGUAAAUAACAAUGUUAAAUGUACAUAUUAUGAACUAAAAAGAGAUCGUAGUGUAGUAUUUUAACUCGUCAAAAUACUCUCUUGAUUUAUCUAACCGUUGUUUGUAUAUGAACAAUUUGGUAUACUUAGUUUCUAAAAAUUUAACAGCCGUUAUCCACAACUUAUUGAUUUUAUUAAGCUCUAAAGAAGUUAAUAUAUUUGAAAUCAUAAAUCCAACGAUCCGACAUUUGAUAUUUUGACAAAUUUUGGAUUGAUCGGCCCAAUCCUAUUACCUCCCAACCAUUUGCAACCAAAUCCUCCCAGCCAACAACCUAGCCUACCGGCGACUCCCCGUGUUCCACAACUCGGAGCCGGUGGGCAGGUACUCUGUACACGUGCCGACGCCGGUCGGGGCGAUGCACCAUGACGUCACGGCGUCCCCUCCCUCCCCUCCCUGGCAGUCCCUCCUCUCCUCUCCCUCCCUGCUGGAGUUUCCACGUGCAGGGGAGUCAUGGACCUGCCACCACCAUUCAGUGCCUCUGUGGGUCUCCUCUAGUACUACCAUGGCUGAAAUUUGGGAUAGGACGCAUAAGGAGUGGAUUAAAAAUCUUAGGAUUUUCUAUAAACAGAAUGAUACAAUCUGGAACCGAGUGUCUGAGAUGGUGGGACUGGGAUUGUUCAACCCGGAUAUGUCUCCAGUCACGGAGGACGGGCGACUACGAGAGUGCUUGCCGGUGGGAUCUGACUGUACGCUCAGCCCUCUACUGCCCACGACGCAGACAGCUCCGGCAACCACCACCACGGUAGAGGAGUUGUCCGUCAAGAGAGUUGUCUGUAGUCCUGACCUCCCUGUGUUUACCAUCACUCCAGCCGUCGAGGAGGCAGCCGUCGACUCUUCAACGUCUGUUCCUGAGAAAGUGUUUCAGUGUACAUUCUGUAAUAAGACUUUUGAUCAAAAAAAUACGUUCCAAAACCACCUUCGCUCUCACGGGAAGGAAGGAGAGGACCCUUAUCAGUGUAACUUCUGUGGGAAAAGUUUUGCGGUGCCGGCUCGUUUGACUAGACACUACCGUACACACACCGGCGAGAAGCCCUAUCAGUGUGAGUACUGCAAGAAGUCCUUUUCCGUGAAGGAGAACCUCAGUGUGCAUCGGAGAAUCCACACGAAGGAAAGACCUUACAAGUGCGAUAUCUGUGAGCGAGCGUUCGAACACAGUGGUAAGCUACACCGCCACAUGCGUAUACACACGGGUGAGCGUCCCCACAAGUGUACUGUCUGUUCCAAGACGUUCAUCCAGAGCGGGCAGCUGGUAAUCCACAUGCGGACCCACACCGGAGAGAAACCGUACGUGUGUAAGUCAUGUGGUAAGGGCUUCACCUGUUCCAAGCAGCUCAAGGUUCAUAACAGGACCCACACAGGAGAAAAACCAUACGCUUGUGAAAUCUGUGGGAAGAGUUUCGGAUACAAUCACGUCCUGAAACUUCAUCUCGUCGCUCAUUACGGCGAGAAAGUAUACAAGUGCACCAUCUGUAACGAGACAUUCACAUCCAAAAAGUCAAUGGAAAGUCACAUCAAAAGUCAUUCAGAAUCGGCGGUCGAUGUGAGAGGUGAAGAUGAUGUUAGAUCUCCUGGACUAGCCGAGUCGUCGUGUGCAUCAUCGACCAGUGACAAAGAAAAUCAUAAUAAAGACUUGGAGGCAGAAGUUAUCAAAAUACAAACAUCGGUUUCCAGUUCGGUGACGAGACAGAGUUACGAGGCUACGUCCAGCCAACCUCAUCCAAACAUGCGUGAGCUCGUUCAGUAUUUGUACCCACGCAUGGAGCGCAAUAUGCAGCACCCACCUUCGUCCGGGCUGAAUCCUGCACUCCUGGCUGCAGCCGCUGCUGAGUACGAGGGGAGACAUAUAACCAACUGGAACGAUGACCGUAAUCACAACACUGGACUGAUCCAGGUGAUAGAGACGACAUCUCUUCCAGUUACCGAACCUCCGGUAUACCUUAUACCGGACCCCCUCGCUACGAUUCAUCGGAGGCAACCUUCCUACAACUUCACCCUCCCACAACCCCCUGAGUACAUGGAAAACCAGCAAGUAAUUAUAAAUUUCCCUAUUGAGGACAAAAUGACGGAGGAGGAGAUCAAAAUUAUGAGUGAUCUAUCUCGUCGUGAAUCGAACGAUCCUCUAACCCCUCCGAGCAGCAAUCCCGUGAGUCCAUCACCAUCUUCUUCUCCCGACCCUCUGGACUUGGCCAUACUCCCUCGAGAUGAACUGACACUUCCCCCACGAAAACGGAAGAUCAACUUCAAACCCGAAGUGAUGGAGACUUCCGAACCCGAAGUGAGUGCUGUGCGACAUAGCUCUGUCAUCCAGUUCGCUCGGGCAUCGUAAUCUCAGGGUUAUUAGUAGACUGAACUACUGUGAUAGACAGGGGUAAUUUUAGUUUGCUGCUGUCUGUAAUUUAGUAAUCAGUGAGACUGUGCAAUAUAGACUAAGUUCGAUCAUAAGACUGUAUUGUUUUACUCUAUCUUUUAUCUAUUGAAAUGCCAAACAACUCACUACCUCCUAGAUGUUAGCUUGUACUUAUUGUGUGUUAGCAUUUAAGCAAGUUGUUUUAAGAAGAUUCUUGGAUCCUGGAGGUAAUUUGCGAAAUUACCAUUUAGCUUACAAAAGCAAUUAAUUACUCCAUGGGAAACCUGGAAGUUUAAAAAAAUUAUUGAAUUAUAUGUAGCGUACAGUUUUUAUAUUCUAGUUUGUACUUUGUGAUAAAAGUUUUUAAAAGUAUUUCACUGCCAUAUAUUUCAGCUAUAAAUAUAUAUUAGGGUAAAGUUCAUACUAAUCGUAACUAAAAUGUAAAUAUUUAUGUUUGUUAUUGCUAUGAAAAUAAAUCAAGAUCGUUUAAAAAUCAAAAUAAGCAGUUAAGCUAGAGACGUGACAUCUAAUAAAAUGUUUAAAAACCCAUUUGGUACUAAUAUUAUUUAUUGUUAUGUUUUAUGUUUGUCCGUAUAUUUGUAAAGAUGGUACGGUUUUGUAAAAAUUGUGUGAGGAAAAGUGAAGAUGUUUUUAAAGAUCUAGGAUUCACUGAAGACUUCUAAAGCAUAGAAUGUAUACAGUAAGUUUAGAGAUAAAAAGGCACCAGAAUAAGUACAUGAAACAUUUUUUAUGAUGUACAGUUUUGUUUAAGGAAUAAGUGUUGAUAGUUCACAUCACUAAAAAUGUUAAGCCUUGUACAAUUAGUCAACCCUUUCUAUUGUAAAUAAUUUAUUUCAAUUUUUAAAUUUCCAAAUUGUUUACUGCUUAUUUGAAAAUGUUGUAAAUGAAUAUUUUAUACGCGGUUAUAGUAUUUGAAAUUGUGUUGUUUUGAUUUGUACAUUUUGAUCUCUUCUGUGAUGUUCCGUGAGUUGUCUGGUGUAUGUUUGUGAAGGCACAUCACCUAUUGACUGGCUUGUACGUGUUGAUGCCGAGAUGUCUAAGAUUAUUAUUAUAGUUGUAUUAUUGAGAAGACUUAUUUAUACUUGUUUGAGCACAUGUUUAUGUCCUCUGCAAUGCUAUAGCCUACCUCUGUAUUGUCUUUUUAACAAUAACAUUGUUGUAACCAGAA